AACAGCAUCCUCUUAAGAUAACUCUCCGUAGACUGUAGCCUAGAAGAGACAUCCAGUUGGGUCCAGUCCUGCAUGCGCUGUAUAUAUUAUCAUUAACCCAAUAUCUGCAAGUGGGGUGCUUUAUAGAUCAAAUCAUCUGCCAAUCACUUUGGCAGUGUUUCGGGUCAUAUUUGUAAAGUGGCGUUGCGCGUUUUAGAAGAUUGCGAUUUGCAACAGUCUGGGCGUUGUGUGAAAUCCGUUUUUUUUUAUGCGACAUGGAACGCUUCACUACAACAAGUAGCAGCAAAGGACGCAAACCUCGCUCAUGCGCAUAGCAGACGAAUAAGCAGUUAAUGAUCUUAACGCUGCUGUGAUCAUCCAUUAUAUGGCCUUGCAAUACAGUUAAUAAUAUAAAAUAAUAAUAGGCUAUUGUGUUUUGCUGUCGUGCAUAGACCAUUGCCUGCGGCUGAAUCUAGUUGAUGAUGCCUGAUCUAUAGCCUGCUGCCAACCCCCCUGACUCAGUGGGUGUCUCUCUACAGCUGUCUUAUGUCUGUCCUCAGAACAUGCACCUCUAUAUCCUAGUGAGUGCCCUUCUCAGCAUCCCUGUCUCUUUGGCUUUCUCUUUGGGUUGGAAUGAAGACUUACAGAUAGUGUGUUCUGGUCGAGAGUUCCGCCUGCCGGUCUACUCAGGGUCAAGAAUUGUGACCUUUACCCCCAGCUACCCUCCAGGACCAAGAAGAGUGCUUCUGGAGAACAACAACUUGAAGGACCCGCGGUUUGAGUGGACGAAAGAUAGGAUGUUGCUGCUGAAUGACGUCACACACCGUGACCAGGGGCUCUACUCUAUCAAACUGUCCUCUGGAUUCACCUAUGAGACCGUUCGCCUCACUGUCUCAGAAUGUAUAAAAACCUUCCGUCUGGGCUAUGGGGAAACCUUUCAGCACAACAUCCCUAAAUAUGUCUCCGUGCUGGAGUUCUCUCCCCGGGGCUCCCCCUCUGACUCCCAGACGGUAUUACUGUGGAACCGGAUGGACCCUGAGACCAGCGAGGCGGGCCGGGGGAGGCUAGGGUCAAGUGGGAGGGUCUGGGUGGCAGAGAGGGUGACCCAGGCAGACCAGGGAAACUACACCCUCAGAGACGAGAAUGGGAAAGUAAUCUCCCGCAGCAAAUUGAUUGUCAAUGGGCACAACUUCAAUGUCACCCGCUUCUUCAAGGAGUCUCUAAACCUUCCCCUUUUUCUCCCUGUCUCUCAUGUCCACCUCAUUUUUAUCCCAUCCCUGCACCUCUCCAAUCCCUCCAAUGUGCCCCUUGAGUCCCGGUACUCUCACCCCGUGCAGCUGAUCAAGGAUGGCCAGAUUGUGGACCAGGACCCCCGGUACUGGGGCCUCCUCUCUCUGGGGAGAAACGGGACUGUCAACGAGGUGGUCAUCACCAGGCUGAGUGCAAAGCAUGAUGGGAUCUAUGAGAUCCGAGAUCAGGGCGGCAACCUGGUGUCAUCCACCAUUCUCCAUGUGGUCGAUAAGACUGCUAGAUGGAGAGCAGUUCUCAAGUCCAUCAGCGUUCCUUCUGGCAUGUUUGUGACUUUGGCUGGUUUCAUCUUAUUUAUGAAGCGCUACCCUAACUGCAGCCUCGCUAUGAUAAUCAACGGCCUAAGAGGUCACCGUACACCGGCAUCUAACCUUCCAAGAGUCAAUGUCCAGGACUACAGUCCACCCAGUCUCCAGCCCUCUGGCAUUUACAGUCAUUCGAAGCAGAUUGUAACGCCAAAAAUAUGGAGCCCCAGACCUACACAUUCGGGUUACAUUCCUGUCGCGGUCAGUGCACCACAGCCCUCCCCUGAGCCAGUGAGGACAACGAGACAACAGGAGACAGAUAGACUUAGAGUUGAGACUGCCACUACUCACACUCCUAGUGAAGAGGACAAUGCUGACGGAGAGAGGGAGAUCUCCUUUUCCAUCGCUGGCACCUCAGACUGCCUCCACUCAUCUGAAGACUGCUUCCAGUUCCAGAUCAAGAAAGAGGGAGACAAGGAGAGCAAAGCAAAAGACUACUUCUCCUCACUUCCACUGGACACAGAUACCUUGGAGACUUGCAGCGUCUACACUUCUGAAAAACUCAACUUCUUAUAG